UUUAUGAAUAUUCAUCAUGGAUAUCGCCGGCGAAAACAUGGCGAGCCAUCGCAGAGUUCAUCCUUUUCACAACAAAUGUGGAACCUUAAUUUCUUUAAGUGAUGAUGAUAAAUCUGCACGAAGAAAUGACUCCAGACAAGAAUUUAACAACGGACUAGUAUUCAGUAAACGACCUCUGAAAGAUGGAGAAGUUUACGAAGUCAUAAUCGACGAGAAGGUGGAGACAUGGAGUGGAUCCAUUGAGGUUGGGGUGAUCUCCCUGGACCCAGACAACCUGGAGCUCCCUCCCAGUGCCACAGCUCUCUGCGAAGGCUCCUGGAUCCUCUCUGGAUGCACUGUCCUGCGCAACAGUGAGUCCAUCCUGGACGAAUACGCCUGUGACCUUGACUCCUGCGCCCUUGGAGACAGGGUCGGCGUGCAGAGGAAGCGGAACGGUGAGCUUCGGAUCUACCUGAAUGGCGUUGAUCAGGGCGUCGCUGCGUCUAAUCUACCCAAGAAGGUGCAUGCUGUGGUGGACUUGUAUGGCAAGUGCACAAAGGUCACCGUGGUACCUUCACCAAGAGAAAUAAACAAUAGUGAUAUGGCGCUGUCCAACCAAGAGCUAGAAGUGGACUCUUGUCAAGAUACAGACACAGAUACAGAUGAUACGUGUGGAGAAUACAUUGGCGACUUGAUUGGGGACAUUGAUGAGGAUGAAAACGAGAAUGAGGAUGAUGAUGAUGACAUAGAUGAAGACGAUGAUGAGGAGGAGGAGGAAGAAGAAGAGGAGGAGGAUGAUGAUGAAGAUGAGGAGGAAGAAGAGGAGGAGGAGGAAGAGGAGGAGGAGGAAGAGGAGAGUUCAGUUGGUGAUGAAGAUAAUGACUCGUGUGAUGAUGAGGAUGAGGACAAUGAACAUGAAAACGAUCAGGAGAACAAUAACAUUGAUGCGGAUGUGACCAGUACUGAUUCUGACGAGCCUGUCGCCGUUGCCGCAGCAUCGCUCAAUUCACCUUUGUGUUUUCACACGAAACACGGUACCAUGAUAAGGUUAAAGAACUCUGAUAAGACGGCAGAGAGGACAAACGCAAUGGAUGAAUUCAACAAUGGUGUGGUGAUAACAAACAGGGCAUUACGGUGCAAUGAAAUAUUUGAGAUUCGUAUUGAUGAGUUAAUAGAUAAGUGGUCUGGAUCCAUAGAGAUUGGAGUCACUACACACAAUCCAGAUACGCUCGAAUUCCCAGCCACCAUGACAAACCUUCACACAGGAACUGUAAUGAUGAGUGGUGGUGGCAUCUUAUCCAAUGGAAAAGGAACGAAGCGAGAGUAUGGUGAAUGCACGUUAGAUGAAUUAGGGGUAGGAGACCACAUAGCGGUUGUACGCAAGACAUCGGGUGAUCUCCACUUCUUCAUCAAUGGGCGUGACCAAGGCUUAGCUGCUCCUGAUGUACCCAGUACAAUCUAUGGGGUUGUAGACCUCUACGGCAUGGCAGUGCAGGUCUCCAUUGUUGAGCAUCAUCAGAGUACAAUGUUAGCUGCCCUUGACAGACGUCUGAUGCAUCUUAAUUAUCUCAAAUCACUCGCUGAGCAAGAACUGCCUUUUGUCUUUGGAGAUGGAGAUAGGAUGAUGGCAGAACCUCUUCUUUUCCAUCCUAUCUGUGGGGCACAUGCUGAGAUCAUUGAUGGAUACAAGUCUGCCCACAGACCAAGGGCUAUGGAUGACUUCAACAAUGCUGUUGUAUUGACUAACAGACCUCUGAAAGAAAAUGAAAUGUUUGAGGUCAAGAUCGAUAAGAUGAUUGACAAGUGGGCGGGGUCUCUAGAGCUUGGAGUCACAACUCAUUCUCCAUGCAAUCUAGACUUUCCAUCAACGAUGACAAACGUCAGGAGUGGUACUUGGAUGCUGGCCGGUAACUGUGUGAUGCACAAUGGUACCAACAUCAUCGAUGAGUACGCCACUGAUAUGGACCAUCUUAAGAAUGGAGACAGAGUUGGUGUAGUAAGAAGACCCAACGGUGACCUUCAUUUCUUCUUCAAUGGAGUGGACAAAGGGGUCGCAGCCUCACAUGUGACCUCCACUCUCUAUGGGGUCGUUGACCUCUACGGCCAAGCAGCAAAGGUCUCCAUCGUCGACCCUACAGAGAGGGAACAAUUGGAGUCCGUGAGAGAUGGCAUCACCCCAUCCAGUACGUUCACUGUAGAGAGCCCCGCCCAUCCGCAGCAGAGGUUCCAUGCCAAGCACGGCAGGAAUGCCACGAUCAGUAACAACGGGAAAAGAGCGUUCCGGGCCAAUCCUGCAGGAGAAUUCAACGAAGCCGUGGUGAUGAGCUGUUAUCCGCUCACAAACGGAGAGCUGUAUGACAUCUGUGUGGAGAAGAUGGUGGAUAGGUGGUCAGGGUCUAUCGAGAUAGGUGUGACCACUAAGAAGCCAGAGGAUAUGGAGUUUCCAAGUACAAUGACAGACCUCGCCUCAGAUACAUGGAUGCUCAGCGGUGCUUCCCUUAUGCAAGAGGGCUUCACGGUCAACCACACCUACUCACUCGACCUUGACACACUCCUUGAAGGUCAACGCAUUGGCCUUCUCAGGACAGAAGAGGGAGCCCUUCACUUCUAUCUGGAUGGAGUGGACAAGGGCGUAGCUUUCACCAACAUUCCUGAAGAUGUCUACGUGGUGAUAGAUCUCUAUGGACAAUGUGCACAGAUAUCUGUCUACGAUUCGACGAUGGGACUCUCAGAAAACCAGCUCAUCUUGCCUCCUCCAACAGUACCAAUCGAAACCAUUCUAACAGUACCAGGUCUGCCUCACAGGUUCCAUCAGUGCAUUGGCUGCAACAUCUCCCUCUCUGAGGACUCCUCAAAGGCCUCCAGAACAGAUGCCUUCAACAAUGGUAUCGUCUUCAGCUCCAAGCCACUCGUAGAAGGAGACUUCUUUGAGGUGCAAGUUGACAGACUUGCAAGGCAUUGGUCAGGCUCUCUCUGUAUUGGACUCACCACGUAUCAUCCCGAUGAUCCGAUACUUGCCGAACCCCUGGCUGCCACGACCUCGGAGCUGAAGGCCAGGGGCACGUGGGUCAUGCAGGGGUCAGAUGUCAGGAAGAAUGGGGUCAACAUCAGGUCAAAUUAUGGCCCAACGUUAGAAAGAUUAGAGAUUGGUCAUAAGGUUGGUGUGCGGUUAACAGCAGACCGCUGCAUGCACAUGGUAGUGAAUGGAGAAGAUCUGGGACAGGCUGCUGUUGACAUUCCACAGGGUGUGUAUGCCAUUGUGGAGCUUUACGGCCGAGUAGAGAGCAUACAUCUCAUCAGUUCCUCCGUCAGUCUCCCCAACGAACCCCUUAGGGCACCCUCUAUUUCAUCAAUAAGCGACACCGAACAAGACUCAGAAAAAGAGGAUGCAUCUACAACAUCGGAGAAGUCAUCAUCCCUCUAUUUCCAUGACAACCACGGCAAGAAUGCAUCCCUGUGCAAUAACAAUCUAACAGCCAGGCGGAUGGGUAGCUAUCACCAGGGUAUCGUACUUAGUGCCAAACCCUUGCCAAGAAAACAGACCUUUGAGGUCCAGAUCGAUAAACUUAACGAGCACUGGACAGAUUCCCUGAAGAUCGGAGUGACAGGAACGUCUCCUGAUAAACUCACGUUCCCGGCCACCGCAUCAGCUAUUAAGAAAUGUUCCUGGGUCGUACAGGGAGAGUCGGUCUUCCAUAAUACCAAGAAGGUUAAAGGUAACUAUGGCCCCAACUUGGACAAGUUAAAAGAAGGGAGCAUCGUUGGCCUGGUCGUACACAACGAGGGCAGUCUUCAUCUCCAUGUAGACGGGAGGGAUUAUGGGAUAGCGGCUGAGGAUGUAGCAACACCUUGUUAUGCUCUGGUUGAUCUCUAUGGACAAUGUGAACAGGUUACCGUGGUAACUGAAGCAUUAGCUGCAGCAGGAGGUAUGCAAGAUGAACGAGAGAAGGCGGUGCUAGAGAAUGGUCUGAAAGAGAAUUCUCCACUACUCUCCUACCAUCCAAUGGCAAUUACAGCUAGGGAAUGUGACUACCAGAAACUGUGCAAUAGGUUCAAAGCAUCACUAGGCUUGCCAGCCGCCUACUUUGAAGCCAACACCCGUUCCAGUAAGUGCUACUGUGAGGCGUGUCACAAAGUCCAUGGUGAAGAGGCGUAUACCACCAAAGGUGACCCUCCCAGGGGGUACACCAGACCCCUACGAUGGUGCAAGUUUGCUCUUAGAUUACACAAUCUUGCAGAGGAGCUGAACGUGUUUGAGAGCUGGCAUGUAGCGUACCAUGGGACGUCAGUGGGAAGCGUUCGAAAGAUACUUGAUAGAGGAACAUUACUGCCUCCAGGUGAUACAAGUCUUGGACGUCUGUAUCAGCCGGAGACGCUGGGGUCGUCACUCAACAAACCAUCCCUGGUGCCGGACCUCAUGCAGAUCUUUGUAUCUCCGACCCUGAAGUACGCUGGCUGUGAUAUCUUCUCACAUAGAUGCAAGUUCAUCGACUCUCUGACACAGAAGGAGCACUUUGCACGAGUUGCGUUCCAGGUCCGUAUCAGGCCAGGAUGCUACACGGCGGGUCCGCAGAGCAUCGGGGCUAACCAUACGAUAGACCCCUACAUCGAGAACAGCCGCAUAGAGUGGACCACCAAAGAAACGGCGUCUAUCGUCCUCUGUGCUCUCCUUAUAUCGGUAGAAUAGUGCAUGUAGUCCCAGGUAUUCAUUUAGCUGCUAGAAUAUUAAGGUCUGCAAAGCAACAUGGCCAACCCAGCGAUAGACCCCUUCAUCGAGAAUAGUGGGAUAGAGUGGACCACCAAAGA